AGGAACUGGCACUGGGCACUGGAUCAAUAUGUUAGUCCCAAAAAUAAUAUAAAAAGUUGCCAAAAAUAUAUGAAAGUUCUUGGCAUGGAACAAUAAAAAAUUAUAGAUACAAAGGAGACGUAUCUCUCAUCCAUACAGCACCCUGCCAUCAAGAUGCCUUCUCCACUUUCAGGCGUCAACUCUUUUGUUGACGCAGCGUCCGGAUCGAGAUCCCUCCAUGCUCCGGUAGCCGAUGGAAAACAUCAACCUCCCCCACUCCUACUACCUGUUGAUCACGUCGGAGAAGACGCCGAUGCAGGGCAGGCAGCAUGGAUGCUAGAAGAACACCUGAGCCAGGAGUCCGUGAAUGACAGAGCCGAUGGACCCUGGAAAAGUGGGGAGCAAAUUGAGUCCGAUGGCGACUUCGAAGUUCAAUCAAAGUUAGCUACCAUGGAAGGAGUAGGCGAUUACGAUCCAGAUGAUCAUUUCGUAGUCGCCGAUGAUGACACGAAUGAAGGAGAAGCUGGAAGCUGCUGCGAGUCUGCACACAACUGGGAAACUGUCCGGUGCGUGGAAGAUGAUGCUGAAGUCAGAUCUGGCAAGCGACCAAGGAUCAAUUAGACAAAACCUUGUUUAGUUCUUCGAACAAAGAUGUAAUGCAGCAAUGAGUAGUUAGGUGUCGGGCAAUAAAUUAUAGCACGCAUGCAUGCUUUGGCCAUGUCUCUGUUCUAUCAUCCAUAAGUUAUGACAUGAUGCAUGAUGCUACUUGUACCUAAAAAACUGUGGGUACCAUGGUUUCCUGCUUAAAUGGCAUCUCACUAGCAAUGCCUCCAACCCAAAAAUGAUUUCACUCAUGUGUCAUGCUAAAGAAAAUGCAUCGUUACAGCAAAUUUAGCAUAACAGUGCGUGAUGUGCG